AUGGAUACAAUCAACCAACUUCCCUCAACCCUCACCCUCACAUCCACCGCAUUCACAAUCACUAUAACCACCCUCCUAAUCACCUACAUAACCCUCGUCCGUAUCCUCCGCUACAAAAACCUCCAAUCCAUCCAGCGCAAAUAUGGCAAAUACACACAAAACCCGUAUGCAAUGGACUACAAAACCGCCCAUGCCAUCCUAAAAACCGUCUUCUUGCGCGAAUUUCCCUUCAUCUACGGCUUCGGCACGCAAUUCGCCCUGAUAAAAUCCUACGGCGUGGCAUCAGGCACCCAACUCCUCGUACACACCCGUCGACUCACGUCGAAACGAACAGUCGGCAAACGCGCAGAGGAUACGGGAGUGUUCAUCGCCGAGUUUCUCGUUUCGGGAAUCGACACCCCACGCGGUCUGAAAGCUCUCGCGAAGAUGAACUGGAUACAUAGACAGUAUGGGUCGAAGAUUACGAAUGGGGAGAUGGUGCAUACGCUUGCCUUGUUCGUGCUGGAGCCGCAGCGGUGGAUCGAUAAAUACGAGUGGCGGCCCUUGACUGAAAUCGAACGCGUCGCUAUCUUUACCUAUUGGCGGGAAAUAGGGAACAGAAUGGGGAUGCGCGACAUACCGCGCACACUGGAGGAAUUCAAAACCUGGACCGCCGAUUUCGAGGAGAAGAAUAUGCGCUUCGCGGAGAGUAAUCGCAAAUGUGUCCUGGCGACGUUGGAUUUAUUCGUUCGUCCUUUACCGGGUUUCAUGCAGCAGAUCAUAACGGAUAAGGUCUUCCCGACCUUCAUUGAACCGCAUGUGCGACCGGUACUUGGGUUGAGGGAUCCGCCGUUUGUCGUGGAAAAGGGAAUGGAAUGGUUCUUUUUCAUCCGCAAAUUAUUGAUCCGGUACCUUUUUCUGCCGAGAUGGAGCGACGUCGAUGCUGUCGGACGGGAGAAUGAAUCGGGACGGGUCGUCCGCACUGUGUACCUGUUCGAGCCGUGGUAUGUGGCUGAGACUGUGUGGUCAUUUGUUCUGAAGACGGUGCUCGGUCGGAUAGCCAAAAGGGCUCCUGGUCCCGAGUUCAUGAGCGAGGGGUAUUUACCGGAGGAGUUGGGGCCGGUGGAGUUUAGGGACCGGUCGAGGGAUGAUGUGUUGGCUGAGGCGGAGGGGCUGAAGGAGUAUGCCCAGAGAGGGGGUGGUGUUGGGAUUGGGUGUCCUUUUGGGCCUGCGUAUCGGUAG